AUGAAAACAUACGAAAGAUACGGACAGAGCAUCACUAACGGCGGUUCUGAAACAGAGCACUGGGGGGAGGACCAGAAAGAGCCCCUGUGUGUGUGUGGGGGGGACGCUACGCAGGGGAACAGGGGGGAGCGGGUGGCCGCACGGCCGGCCCAGGAGGCGAGUGGGCCGAUGGGGGGGGGAAGCAAGAAAAGGCCAACAAACGAGACGCAGCCCGCCCCACCAAGGCCCGAGGGGGGGGGGGGGGGGGGUGGGGGGGGGGGGGGGGGGGGGGGGGGGGGGGGGGGGGGGGAAAGGGGGGGGGGGGGGGGGGGGGGGGGGGGCGAAGAGGCCACACGCGAGGAAAAGAAACGCCGCGGGGGGGGGGGGGGGCGAAAACUUUUGUUGUGUGUGUGUGACGGGGGAACCGCACAACGGCGAAGCACCAAAACAAAACGAAGCCUACCGGAACGGAGAAACCAGGCACGCAACAACGGGGGGGGGGGGGGGUGCCUGGGGGGCACCAUAAACCAUGAAAGAAGGAACCGGGGGAAAGAGAACCACCCAAGAGAAGACAGGGGGGGGGGGGGCCGGCCGGGGGCUAGAAUAGAAAAAAGGGGGGGGGGGGGGGGGGGGGGGGGGGAAACGGGGGGGCCCGGGGGGGUGGGGGGGGGGGGGGGGGGGGGGGGGGGGGGGGGGGGGGGGGGGGGAGGGGGGGGGGGGGGGGGGGGGGGGGGGGGGAUAUAUACACCGGGGAUGAAAGGAAAUAGGGGGGGAGGGACCCGGCCACCCCCUGGGGCAGCCCAGACUCGGCGCAGCCAAAUCGCCAAAAGGGACACACAGCCGGCCCAUCUAUAUAUCCCCCACGCCCGCAGGCGCCCGACAGUGGGAGGAGGGGGGACUGGGGGGGGGAAGAGGGAGCGAAGCGAAGUAGGAACCGCGGCCCACGACGAAGGGGGGGCGCCGCACAGCCCGUAG